UCAAGCCCUGGAUAACAAAGCGUGUAACAGAAAUCUUGGGGUUUGAAGACGAUGUGGUCAUUGACUUUAUUUUCAACCAGCUGGAAGUGAAGGCCUGAACCAAAAUGGAAGUUAUUCCUUGCGUGUGAAGUAUAGCACCAUCACCUAUUUAGGGCACAGCAGAGUGAGUGUCCAAUGUCGCUCUGACCCAACUCUUGAUGAUGCAGUGUUUGUUCUGGAGAUAAAUGAUAUAACAUUAAACUCAAGGUGGUUGAGUUGCAGUAGGCAGUCGGAAGCAAGCCAAGCGAACACCUUUCUCUCCAGGGGAACUUGGAGAUAACCCAAACCUCCCCCCAAGGUUCCAAGAAGAGGCUGAAGACUGCUGGAAUCUGUACUUUGUGCUGUUGCGCUGUGCUUGUCAGAAGGAUCUAUAUUGCUUGACUAUGUACAUAUUCCAAACCGCCCAGUGAUCUAUAAAACCUUUUAAGCCUUUGUGGACUAUACCCCUUAUGAUUGUUACCCCCCAGCUUAGUCAUUUGACACAUUGUAGGGCCAUGCACAAAAGUCUUCUGUAGUCAACAAAGUUAAUAGCAAUUCAUAUGUAAAAUUGUUUUGUAGUGCUGUUGCUUAUGAAGUACAUAGAAUAGACUUUGCAAAGUCAAAUGUGCAGGUAUAUAAACAAUUUGGCAACAUCCACAAAGGGUUAACAGGCCAUUAUUAAUGUGCAGUCAUUUGGCAUGUAUGCCACAAAGACCUACUAAAAUGUAGUUUUCCCUAAAUGUACAAUUAGUAAAAAAACACACCUUGUUGAAAUAGUUGUCAGUACUCACCUGUAAAUCUUCCUGUUGUCUCUCUCUUUCAGAACCCAGACUCUAAAAUGAUGCAGAUUAACUUGACCGGCUUUCUAAAUGGCAAAAAUGCCCGGGAAUUCAUGGGAGAGCUGUGGCCACUACUUCUGAGUGCCCAGGAAAAUAUUGCUGGGAUUCCAACAGCAUUCCUUGAACUGAAAAAAGAAGAAAUCAAGCAGAGACAGAUUGAACAAGAGAAGCUUGCAUCUCUAAAGAAACAAGAUGAUGACAAAGAGAGACGAGACAAAGAUGACAGAGACAAAAGGGAUCGUUCUAGAACUCCAAGGAGGCGUAAAUCAAGGUCAUCAUCACCACGGAGAAGGUCUCCAAGCAGGAGAGAGAGGAAGAGAAGCCACUCUCGUUCACCAAGACACAAAACUAAAAGUCCAAGCCCUUCUCCAGUGUUUGAGAAAAAGGAGGUGGAAAUUCAAGAACCUGAGCCUUCUCUAAAAGUGAAGGAACCAUCUGUACAAGAGGCAACCUCAUCAAGUGAUAUAGUGAAAGCUUCCAAACCAGAUCUUGUGGUAGAAACAAAGGAAACAUCACCUGAGCCCAACUCACGAAAGCUAAAAGAGAAAGAGCGACAUCGUCACAGAUCACGCUCGCGCUCAAAAUCGAAAUCUAAGUCUCAUUCCCCUUCCCACUCUAGAACGCGCAGACGUCACCGAUCAAGAUCUAGGUCUUACAGUCCUAGGAGAAGACCCAGCCCACGACGUAGACCUUCACCAAGGAGGAGAAGUCCACCUCGCCGCAUGCCACCACCUCCUAGGCACAAGAGAAGUAGGAGUCCAGUCAGGCGAAGGCGACGCUCUUCAGCAUCUGUAUCUGGAAGCAGCAGCUCUUCCUCAUCAUCACCGUCACCCCCACCUCCAAAGAAACCACCCAAGAGAGUGUCUUCUAGCCCACCACGCAAGCCUCGCCGCUCACCCCCAUCUGCUAGUCCUCCAAGAAGGCGUUAUAGACAGUCUCCUCCACCAAGCCCUCCGCCAAAAAGGCUUUCUCCCUCUCCACAGACCUCUCGUCCCAGAAAGCUUCGAGGAUCUGUUUCUCCUUCCCGUGUACAAGUACCAAAACACAAACUUCCAGAAAAGCGGAAGACCCCAUCGCCACCUCCAAAACCUCGCAAAACAGACACAUCUGAUUCAGAUGAUGAAAAAGGCGGUAAAAUGGGAGCGUCGGAUUCGGUACAGCAGCGUCGUCAGUACAGAAGGCAGAACCAACAGUCGUCCUCUGACUCUGGAUCAUCCUCCUCUUCAGAGGAUGAGAGGCCAAAGCGCGUAGCAGUGAAGAAUGGAGAGGUUGGCAGAAGGCGCAGGCAUUCAGCAUCAAGAAGCCCUUCACCUUCAAAGAAAAGACCUAAGGAUCCAUCUCCACGGAUGCAGACUGUGAAAAGGUGGCAGUCACCUCUUCUUAAAAGCAGAAGAAGGAGGAGUCCAACUCCACCUCCACCCAGAAGAAGGCGCAGUCCUUCUCCUGCUCCACCACCCAGGCGCCGCCGAUCUCCAUCUCCUCAAAGACGCAGAUCUAUGUCGCCUCACAGACAUACUUCUUCUCAAAGACGGUACUCACCACCCAUUCAAAGGAGAUACUCCCCCUCUCCACCCCCAAAAAGGAGGACUUCUUCACCGCUGCCCCAGCCCCCUCCAAAACGUAGACUAUCACAGUCUCCUCCCCUUUCAAAGCACAGAGUAUCGCAUUCACCCCCACCGAAACUUAAAGGAUCUCCUGGGGGAAAGAGGCGUUCUCCAUCACUGCCCUCUAAACAACGAAAAGGAACUUCUCCUAGCCGACCAGGGCGGGAAACCCGGUCCCCACCACAAGCUAAACGUUCUUCACCUUCUCCACGUCCACGAGCAGCACGCAGCUCUGAGAGUCCUCUGACUCACAGGAGGGGAGAGUCUCCAACUCCUCCUAGGAGGCAGCAGUCCCCUUCACCAAGCACUAGGCCUAUUAGACGAGUAUCACGGACUCCAGAACCGAAGAAACCUAUCAAGGAAUCUCCCAGUCCACAGCCUGCAAGAGGCUCAUCGUCGCGAUCUGUUUCGGGGUCCCCUGAACCAGCUCCAGCAAAACAAAUAGUCUCUCGGUCAAGAUCUCGCUCUCAAUCUGUCAACUGGUCUCCAGCUCCAGCCCCUGCUAAGAAAACCAAGAGUACCACCCCUAGCCCAUCUCCAGCUCAGACCUCUGAUCAGGAUGGUGGUGGAGGUAAAAAGAAAAAGAAGAAAAAGGACAAAAAACACAAAAAGGAGAAGAAGCACAAGAAACACAAAAAACAUAAGAAAGAAAAGGCUGCAGCUGUUGCAUCUGCUGCAUCUCCAGAACCCGUUGAACCUGAAAUUGACGUAGACAUUGAAGAAAAGAAGGAGACUGAAAGUGAUGGCGAUGGAAAUCUAGACGAUCUGGAGAAGCAUUUACGAGAGAAGGCUCUACGUUCCAUGAGAAAAGCGCAGGUUUCCCCCCAGCCCUAGUGGUGUUCGCUUUCCAGUUACAAUAGUGUACAUUUUAUAUAAUUUUUUUUUCAAAUGGUUGAAAGGGAACCUGUGAUGUGAAAAACACUUGUCUGCCAUCGCUCCUGCUACUUCAAAUCCUGGUUGCCUGGCUGUACUGGAAUCUUUACUUGCUUAGUCACUAACUAG